UUGAGAUACCGUCCCGGACUUGAUCUUGUCGUGAAGUCGCUAACUGCUACGAUUGGUCCACGUGAGAAGAUAGGGAUAGUUGGUAGAUCGGGAGCAGGAAAAUCGACUGUAACGCUUGCGCUUUUCCGUGUUAUAGAGCCUUCUGAAGGGCGUAUCAUCAUUGACGGAAUUGACAUCGCGAAGCUGGGUUUACAUGAUUUGAGAACUCAUUUGACAAUCAUACCACAGGAUCCUGUUCUUUUUUCAGGAACUCUCCGUUUCAACCUGGAUCCUUUCGGUAGUUACACAGAUAGCGAGUUAUGGGAUGCUCUUGAAAUGGCUAACUUGAAGUCUUUCGCUUCGGAGCAGCAAAACCAAUUGAACUGUACAAUCAUGGAAGGUGGAGAAAAUAUGAGUGUGGGCCAGCGUCAACUAGUGUGCUUGGCCCGCGCACUGCUACGCAAAACACGUGUUCUCGUGCUCGACGAAGCCACGGCCGCAGUGGACAUCGGCACAGAUGCUCUUAUUCAACGUACAAUCAAGAGGGAAUUCUCUGGCAGCACCGUUCUGACAAUUGCUCACAGAAUUAGUACGAUAAUGGACUAUGACAGGUUUGCAAAGUAG